UUGUUCAUAAUAUUUUAAACAUUUAAUUUUCCUUAGAAUUCCUAAAUACUACUCUAUUUGAAAAAAAAAUUAGUGAAGUCUGGUCAAGAUUAUUUGACCAUCGCCCUUUCCUCAAUGGUGAAAUUAAGUUUAUGUUAAAAGAAUUUGAGGAAAAGAGAGGUGACAGAGAAGUGGAAAACUUGUUUGCAAUUCUCGAAAACUUAACAGACAUCAAAGACACACAAGUUGAAAAAAUCACAAAAAGUUCAGUUGCAGUGUUUCCUGUACUGUUGGAAAAGUUAGAUCAGGCUGUAAAACUUUCUGAAGAAGUUGAAAAAGAUUAUCUUGAGUUACAGAAGAUUAAUCAAAAAAAGAAAGCUGAAAACUUUGAGAAAAGGCAAAAAGAAUGGUCUCAGUUUAUUGAUGACAUGAACUUCAAGUGCCAAAGGAUUGAUAACACAUUUGAAGAAAAAGAAGAGGAACUAAGAGACUUGUACGCUGACCUUAAUCACAAGUUAAAUAUAACCAACAAUAAUUAA